UAUUUAUUAUAUUACUUAUGUUUGGCGCAGUUGUCGGAUUCGUCCGACGCCUCUGAACCAAAAGUUCGAUCCGAGGAUUUUCCUUGUUAUUUUGAUAAAAUAACAGUUAUUUUGUCAUCUUAGAAACGCAUCCAUUUUAUUGUUAUAUUUUUUAAAUGGUACCUACUUAUUCAACGAUAGGUUAGUGGGGAAAAAAUAUCCCCUCUUGUAUAAGAGCUACUCAUUUAGCUAAUUUUUUCAAGACUGUUUUCUAAACUUUUUCCCAUUAUAAAUAUACAUACCCAUACCAAAUUACAGCUUUCUACCAUUAAGCCCCCCCAUUUAAAACCGCGGACAGACAUGGCGUAACUAUAAGGAUUCCUCGUUCGCUGCGGAACCCUAAAAGGUGUAGCCUGCUUCUCGUCGUAUGCUGAAAAUCAUAGAAUAAUUGUUUGUCUUGCCUUCACGCCGUGUGUGAUAUUUCCGUGUGAAGAUAUUUAAAAGGACAUAAGUGGCAUAGACUUCAUUUCAUUAUGGAAGAUUGUCUUAUUUCUACUUUCAUCGAAGUGCUUAGCUAUGAAAAUUAUGUUAAAUUGUCACAGUUGCAUGCUAAUCGCUUUUUCAGAGCCGUAGGUAACAGUUAUACCUACGGCUGCUACGUACAUAAGUUGACUAACAUGAUCUUACGGCGAGGGUAUCGUGACGCUACAGUAAGUAUCAUACAAUGCAAAUGAAAACGGCUUUGACCCAAUCUGGUCAGGGACAUAUUUCCAGCAACAGGUUCUCGGAUGUCAGACGGAGUAAAGUUUUAUAAGGAGGAGGGCCCGUCUCGUAUAGAGUGGUUGCUAUCUUAUGAGUAUCAGAGGAUGUGGGUAGAGGAAAGGGAGCAAUGGAAGAAGCGAAUGUAUCCCGAGAAUACAACAGUCAACGUAGACAUCGUUAAGCGUUACGUACUAUCUUUCAAAACUAAUAAUCCGCCUCCAAAACCAGAAAAGAAAACUCCUUUUAAAAUGAAGAAAUUUAAUGGAAUUGGAAGCAAAACUACAACAAAACGCCCAGCUGAUGACAAAGCAAUGAGUUAUGAGAAGAAAAAGAAGCCUGGUGAUAAGAAAUAAUGCUUCCCCUAAGUUCCUAUGUAUUUGAUUUAUUUUUACAUUAUGGCUUCUUGCCAAUUAAAUGAAUGUUUAUA